AUGGGCUAUCUGGUCUUUUUAUGCGGAAAGUGUUUGGAUAAUGCACUUCAUCAGCUUGUUAACGUUGCAGUAGCAUCUGGAUCAAUAUCUGCCCUUCAACUUGAACAAGCCAAGGCUUUGCAGCAGACUGGGUGGUGGCCAUCCAAUAGUAAUAUUUCAAGUGCUUGCGACUGGAAUGGUAUUACUUGCAAUGCUGGUGGAAGCGUCACAAACAUCGUUAGAUUUAAUCGAAGUUUGAAAGACCUUAGUGUAAACAACUUAACUGGAAGCAAUCUCUAUCACGAGCAUAACCUUCAUUGGGUGACAUAUGUUAACCUUAGUCACAACUUUUUGAGCGAAGAAAUACCAGUUGCGCUUGGGAGUAUUGCACUAGUACGCCAUCUCCGGAGUUUGGACCUUAGCUUCAAUAAUUUUACAGGCAACAUUCCCUCUUCCCUUAUUGAAAUACAUGCACUCAACUUGUCACACAAUUCUUUGAAGGGUCAAAUUCCAGAUGGUUUUGAUAAGCAUCAUAAAUCCUACACAUUAAUUGGCAAUAGGGAUUUAUGCGGUCAAUUCAAGAUUUUCCCUCCAUGUCCCAAAAGCAAAAAAUCAAUCGCAACCAAAAUAGAAAUUUUUGCUCCCAUCACCACUUUCCUCAUAUUCCUAGUUAUUGGAGGUAUUCUCUUGUCUCGUUGUGUGUUCAAAGAAAAUCAACUUGAGUUAAGAGAAUCUAAGAAUGGAAACAUAUUCUCGAUAUGGAAUUAUGAUAGACAUAUUGCAUAUGAAGACAUCAUUGAAGCAACCGAGGAUUUUGACAUCAAAUAUUACAUUGGAACAGGUGGUUAUGGUAGCGUUUACAAAGCUAAAUUACCAAGCGGAAAUGUGGUUGCCUUAAAGAAGCUUCAUCAGAGAGAGGCUGAGAAUCCUAUUUUCUUUAGGAGUUUUAUGAAUGAGGUAAGGGUGUUAACAAAGAUUCGAUAUCGAAAUAUUGUGAAGCUGCGUGGGUUUUGUGUACAUAAAGGAUGCAAAUUUUAA